AUGGAGACAGCUGUUGAAACGUCAUAUUCAAAGCGACUUUCAUUCACACCUCGCAGAUGUUUCCUCGGGAUGCCGGAAUCAGGAAAGAAUCGAGUAGCUGUGUCCAUUCCUGUUGAGGCCAGUAGUGUCGGGCAGCAGUGCGCUCAGAAAUCAGCAGAUUUCGUAAAUUUAAAUCGUAAAGAGCAAGACUUGGAACAGUUAAGAAAUGCAAAUUACAUCUUGAACAGUAAAUACAAGGCUCAAGCUACCCUACAGUCCCAGUAUGAAAGAAACAACAGUGCCCUGCAGUUUCAGUACACAACUGUGAAGGAGAAAUACGAUGAACUGUCCAAAGAUUUCAGUAAUCUGAAUGAAACAUUUUUUACUAAAAGUUCUGAAUGUAAAAGAGAGAAUCGUGAACUUCAAGAAAGAAAAGAUACCCUGCAGUCUCAGUACACAACUCUGAAUGAGACACACGAUGAACUGUCCAAAGAUUUCAGUAAUCUGAAUGAAACAUUCUUUAAUGUAAGUUCUGACUGUAAAAGAGAGAAUCGUGAACAUCAAGAAAGGAAAGAUACCCUGAAGUCUCAGUACACAACUCUGAAGGAGAAAUACGAUGAACUGUCCAAAGAUUUCAGUAAUCUGAAUAAAACAUUCUUUAAUGUAAGUUCUGAAUGUAAACGAGAGAAUCGUGAACUUCAAGAAAGCAAAGAUAUCCUGCAGUCUCAGUACACAACUCUGAAUGAGACACACGAUGAACUGUCCAAAGAUUUCAGUAAUCUGAAGGAAACAUUCUUUAAUGUAAGUUCUGAAUGUAAAAGAGAGAAUCGUGAACUUCAAGAAAGCAAAGAUAUCCUGCAGUCUCAGUACACAACUCUGAAUGAGACACACGAUGAACUGUCCAAAGAUUUCAGUAAUCUGAAUGAAACAUUCUUUAAUGUAAGUUCUGAAUGUAAAAGAGAGAAUCGUGAACUUCAAGAAAGCAAAGAUACCCUGAAGUCUCAGUACACUACUCUGAAGGAGAAAUACGAUGAACUGUCCAAAGAUUUCAGUAAUCUGAAUAAAACAUUCUUUAAUGUAAGUUCUGAAUGUAAAAGAGCGAAUCGUGAACUUAAAGAAAGCAAAGAUAUCCUGCAGUCUCAGUACACAACUCUGAAUGAGAAGCACAAUGAACUGUCCAAAGAUUUCAGUAAUCUGAAGGAAACAUUCUUUAAUGUAAGUUCUGAAUGUAAAAGAGAGAAUCGUGAACUUCAAGAAAGCAAAGUUAUCCUGCAGUCUCAGUACACAACUCUGAAUGAGACACACAAUGAACUGUCCAAAGAUUUCAGUAAUCUGAAUGAAACAUUCUUUAAUGUAAGUUCUGACUGUAAAAGAGAGAAUCGUGAAGUUCAAGAAAGCAAAGAUGCCCUGAAGUCUCAGUACACGACUCUGAAGGAGAAACACGAUGAACUGUCCAAAGAUUUCAGUAAUCUGAAUGAAACAUUUUUUAAUGAAAGUUCUGAAUGUAAAAGAGAGAAUCGUGAACUUCAAGAAAGCAAAGAUACCCUGAAGUCUCAGUACACAACUCUGAAGGAGAAACACAAUGAACUGUCCAAAGAUUUCAGUAAUCUGAAUGAAACAUUCUUUAAUGUAAGUUCUGAAUGUAAACGAGAGAAUCGUGAACUUCAAGAAAGCAAAGAUAUCCUGCAGUCUCAGUACACAACUCUGAAUGAGACACACAAUGAACUGUCCAAAGAUUUCAGUAAUCUGAAUGAAACAUUCUUUAAUGUAAGUUCUGAAUGUAAACGAGAGAAUCGUGAACUUCAAGAAAGCAAAGAUUUCCUGCAGUCUCAGUACACAACUCUGAAUGAGACACACGAUGAACUGUGCAAAGAUUUCAGUAAUCUGAAGGAAACAUUCUUGAAUGUAAGUUCUGAAUGUAAAAGAGAGAAUCGUGAACUUCAAGAAAGCAAAGUUAUCCUGCAGUCUCAGUACACAACUCUGAAUGAGACACACGAUGAACUGUCCAAAGAUUUCAGUAAUCUGAAGGAAACAUUCUUUAAUGUAAGUUCUGAAUGUAAAAGAGAGAAUCGUGAACUUCAAGAAAGCAAAGUUAUCCUGCAGUCUCAGUACACAACUCUGAAUGAGACACACAAUGAACUGUCCAAAGAUUUCAGUAAUCUGAAUGAAACAUUCUUUAAUGUAAGUUCUGACUGUAAAAGAGAGAAUCGUGAAGUUCAAGAAAGCAAAGAUGCCCUGAAGUCUCAGUACACGACUCUGAAGGAGAAACACGAUGAACUGUCCAAAGAUUUCAGUAAUCUGAAAGAAACAUUCUUUAAUGUAAGUUCUGAAUAUAAACGAGAGAAUCGUGAACUUCAAGAAAGCAAAGGUACCCUGCAGUCUCAGUACACAACUCUGAAUGAGACACACGAUGAACUGUCCAAAGAUUUCAGUAAUCUGAAUGAAACAUUCUUUAAUGUAAAUUCUGAAUGUAAACGAGAGAAUCGUGAACUUCAAGAAAGCAAAGAUAUCCUGCAGUCUCAGUACACAACUCUGAAGGAGAAACACAAUGAACUGUCCAAAGAUUUCAGUAAUCUGAAUGAAACAUUCUUUAAUGUAAGUUCUGAAUAUAAACGAGAGAAUCGUGAACUUCAAGAAAGCAAAGAUAUCCUGCAGUCUCAGUACACAACUCUGAAUGAGACACACAAUGAACUGUGCAAAGAUUUCAGUAAUCUGAAGGAAACAUUCUUGAAUGUAAGUUCUGAAUGUAAAAGAGAGAAUCGUGAACUUCAAGAAAGCAAAGAUAUCCUGCAGUCUCAGUACACAACUCUGAAUGAGACACACGAUGAACUGUCCAAAUAUUUCAGUAAUCUGAAUGAAACAUUCUUUUAUGUAAGUUCUGAAUGUAAACGAGAGAAUCGUGAACUUCAAGAAAGCAAAGAUACCCUGAAGUCUCAGUACACAACUCUGAAAGAGAAACACGAUGAACUGUCCAAAGAUUUCAGUAAUCUGAAUGAAACAUUCUUUAAUGUAAGUUCUGAAUGUAAAAGAGAGAAUCGUGAACUUCAAGAAAGCAUAGAUACCCUGAAGUCUCAGUACACUACUCUGAAGGAGAAAUACGAUGAACUGUCCAAAGAUUUCAGUAAUCAGAAUAAAACAUUCUUUAAUGCAAGUUCUGAAUGUAAAAGAGAGAAUCGGGAACUUCAAGAAAGCAAAGAUACCCUGCAGUCUCAGUACACAACUCUGAAUGAGACACACAAUGAACUGUCCAAAGAUUUCAGUAAUCUGAAUGAAACAUUCUUUAAUGUAAGUUCUGAAUGUAAACGAGACAAUCGUGAACUUCAAGAAAGCAAAGACAUCCUGCAGUCUCAGUACACAACUCUGAAGGAGAAACACGAUGAACUGUCCAAAGAUUUCAGUAAUCUGAAUGAAACCUUCUUUAAUGUAAGUUCUGAAUGUAAACGAGAGAAUCGUGAACUUCAAGAAAGCAAAGAUACCCUGCAGUCUCCGUACACAACUCUGAAUGAGACACACGAUGAACUGUCCAAAGAUUUCAGUAAUCUGAAUGAAACAUUCUUUAAUGUAAGUUCUGAAUGUAAACGAGAGAAUCGUGAACUUCAAGAAAGCAAAGAUACCCUGAAGUCUCAGUACACAACUCUGAAGGAGAAACAUGAUGAAGAAUCCAAAGAGUUCAGUAAUGUGAAGGACUUCUACUGUAAUGUUACAAACACAACUCACGAAAACACUUGCCCUGUAUGUAAACCGGGCUGGGUCCCCUUCAGGUCCAAGUGUUACUUCUUCUCCUUUAAUCAACUGCCCUGGAAGGAGAGCCGUGAUAAAUGCAUAAGAAGGGGUGGACGACUAGUGAAUAUUGAAAGUUUAGAGGAGCAGAAAUUUUUAUCAAAUCAAUAUGAGGUCUUCGAAAGUAAAGUGAAUUAUUAUUGGAUUGGCGGAGAUGACAUCAGUAAAGAAAACACAACUACCAGGAUGGACGUUGAACCUGUGAAAUCCCAGAGCUGUCGUUGUGGUGUAGUGGAGUCACAGAGCCUUAGCAAUGGCUAA